AUGGCAACAUACGGCAAGAGAAAGAAAGGCCUCCUUUCCUCCUUCACCGUCUUCCAAGAUGACAAGCCAGAGAAAGAGACUAAGCAGCAGCAGCGCUCGACCUACGCACGCCUCGAAAGGGCGAAGUCGAAGAUGCAGAGAUCACGCAGCCGGGCGCAAGAUGACGAAAGCAGCAUUGAUGAGCUUGCUGGGAAUGAACUUCUAAACACCGUACCCCACGAGCCGGUCCGUCUUCCCUCACUACAUAGUCUUGCCGCAAUGAGCACGACGGACAUCCUUCGUCCAAAAUCCAGCAGAUCUACAAAGACAGUCCCAGACGAUUCGGACAAGCCACUUCCGCCAAUACCAAGAGACCCUUUUGCUGAGCAGAGACUACACUGGCAGAAUAGACCACCUCUCGCCAAAAAGACAACCAACAUGAAGGCCUCCGACCCUGGCAAGGUAGCCACCAAAUCCAAGAUCUCUUCUCCAAUAAUGGUACAGCCAGAGUCGAGCCCCGCAGGUCCGUCUCCUAGCAGACCUGCCACCAGUCAUACUAGCCAAAGCACAUUCGGUACUCAGCCAAGUACAGCAGAUGCUACGAAUUUUAGCAAAAAAAUCUCAAAUCUCAUGCAACAAGCCGCCGCUCAGGAGUCACAGACUAAGCAAAAGGCCGCCAUUUACGCCGCCGAAUCGGCCAAGCUGUCCCCUCUAGAAAAGGGCAAGAAGGCAUUCGUCAAAGCCACUCGUGCAAUCAAGGAACGACUGAGUAGCAGCAGCAGUAGCAACGACAAGCCCUUCAAUUCGAGGAGAAUGGAAUCUAUUGAGAGGAGCUCCAGCGGUGGCUGGGAGCCUCCUCCGCAGUAUGAAUCGCAAGAAGAGUUGACCCGAGGAAGGCUCGAUCGACGCAUUGCUGAAGGCGAAAACCUAAGCAAUCCUAAGAUACGAAAACUGACGGGCGAUGGUAAUAUUCCACGCAAGCCGUUACCAGUCUAUGAGAGCAUGAGAUCCAGAAGCCAACACUCUGAAUCGGAUAAUCCUUUCUCAGAAGCGGAUGACGAAGACGGCCAUCUAUCCCCUGAGGACUAUUCUGGCUUUGACUUCGACUUCAGCAGACGCAAGCACAAAGGCAAGGCCGUACGUGCACCGGUGCCAGUCGUAGAACAGGUGGACAGUCCUUCUGGGCAGUCUGAUCAGCACUUGACUGUCCCUAAAUCUACAUCCAGGUUCUCUAACAUGAUCUCGGGGCUAGCUCAGCAUUCCGAUACGGAGUAUUUCUCGAGUAGUCCUGUCGGCUACUCAACACCACGGAUUCGCCUCGAACCUCAGCCACCAAUGAAUGGAAAUAACACGGCCGCCGGUGCGCUGCAACGGAGUCCAUCCAUCUUAGAGUUUAGCUUCGAGGGCCAAAGCGAGGAUGCUUCCUCAGAGGCCCAAUCUCCUAAAAGGAGAGCCUCGGAAGGAAGCACAAGCGUGAAAAGGAAGGGAGCCACGAAAGAUCUCCGCUCACAAGUGGCACCAGUAACGAAGAAAUUGAAGACAGACUCAAUUUCUUCAAAGGAUGAGGGAGGACUAGCAGCUGGGAUCAGUCAUUUAGCCACAGAGGAUGAUCGAGGUCUCCUUUCGCUUGAGAGUACGAACGCCGUAGUUGCGAAGCCUAGCCGGAAUCCGAGCAAGAGGAAAGGUAUGAGCAUCUUUGACCUCAGCAAAGGAAAAUUUCCUGAAGGGACGGGCGAGGACGAAGCAAAGAGACCCUGGGCUCAUGCAAUUGCCAGCAAACGAUCUUUGGUUACACGACCAAGCAGUGUGCUCUUCAGCCGUGGCCGAGAGUCACGAGCGGGUAUGCAACGACUGGAGCAAAUUGACGGAGAUGACAUGGAUGUCGACGAGUUGCAGACGAAUGAUGUUACAUUUCAUGUGGGGGGACAGAAGAACUAG